AUGUCCAACGGCGUGCGGCUGCGGCGCAUGACACGGAAGGAUGUCGGAGGGAGUGUCCUGCCGUGGGAAGCAGCCGGACCUGGGCGUUGUUGGCACGUGGAGUGCGAUCAUGCGACGGGGACGGCUUCGUUUGUCCUCCAGCGGAAGCACUUUCUCGAUCUCGACUUGGAUAGCGACGGCUUUAUGGACUGCAAACCCAAGGACACUCAUGGGGCUCCCAAGCGCAGGCGAUACGACUUCAGGUUCAAAGCCCACGCAGUCAACCAGCUGCGCAUCUUCCAGGACAACGCCGAAGACCUCUGGAAGGAGGAGCAGCUCACGCCUCUUCAGUUCUUGGAGGAUCGUCUCAAGAUUCCCUACAGCAAUACAGUGAAGUGGGCCAAGAACGAGAAGGAAUUUCUUGCGGCGGCAGCCGAUGACCUAAAGAAGAGCCUCCUCGCCAAACAGCAGCCUAAGCGGGCGCCCGAUGAGUCCGACGUGUCGGCAGUCACGACGGUCGCGGAGAGAGAGUCCAGGGUUCCCAAAUACGGUCAAUUCCAGCUCUGGGAGCGUUGGAAUGUGGAUCAAGUGUCUUUGGCAUUCGUGAACGGGCUGCUCGACACGUGGGACAAGAGAGGUGCGUUGCGGGUAGCAAUCUCGCAGCUCUUUGCUGGCCUAGAGAAAAGGCAGUGCAAGAUGCAAGUCAUCUUUGGUCCGGGUGAGAAGACCAUGCGCAUUUCGGUGAUUUCCGAGGCACGGGAAAGCGGAUCUCGCCGGUGGAGAAGGCAGCGCAUCACGAGGACGUGGACGUGCUUUUCCAGGAAAACGCGUGGGCCGACCAGAAGUUCUGCAUGGAGUGGGCGAAGAGGUCCUACCGCGAAGGCCUGAUGCGCGGGCGGGGUGAGCUCCC